ACUAUUAUUGGCGAAUUUCCAAAUCAAUUCAUAAUUAACAACUGAUCUGUUUUUUAUGACCUUUAUGGAAAAGCAAUUUUUUUAUUAGAUUUUCCGAUUUUAUAUUGGUGAAAUUAUAUGUUCAAAUUCUUACCAUGAUGGGGUGGGUAAAUGAUUCAUCUAUAGCCACACUCACACCCACCCCGGAAAAACAGAUGUUAGAUCCUGCAAGAUCCAUUGAGGUCUAACUCCUAUAUGGUUUUUUCUAUGAUCUCGUUACAAUAUCGGACAAUAUCUUAUAUGUUCAUUGUUUUUCAAGAUAUUCUCAGAUUUUGAUUGUGCGAUGUCAGCAAAUAAUCUUACAAGACUCAAUGAUUAAGACACUGAUUUGGACAGACUAGAUCCUUCUUGUCAGAUCUUAACAGAUCAUAUAAGAUCCAAAAAAAGAAACAUACACGAUACAUAAUGUAGAUCUUGCCUGUUAGCAUCUGAUCGUGUAUGGUCUGUCCUGUUCUUUCCCUUAUUCGAGAAUAGCUUUCCGAUGAACAACAGUACCUGGGAAAAAGACUCGAAUAGUUUACGUCAGUUUUUUUCUUCUUUUUCUAUACUAAUAGUGUAGAAAACGGUUAUUUUUAUUUUUCACCUUUCUAUAUUAAUAGAGUACAAAAUGGUUACUUGUAUUCCUCAUUUUUCUGUAGUGAUAAAAUAGUAAAUCCUAUUUAUUUUUUAUUUUCUAUAUUGAUCAUAUAGAAACAGCUAGUUUUAUGUCCUAUUUGUCUAUAAUAAUAAUAAUAAUUUAGAAAAUGCUGAUUUUAAUUUAUUAUUUUUUGCAUUCGUCAUAUGGAGAAUGUUAUUUUUUAUUUUUCUACAUUGGUAACAAAGACAACAAUUUGUUUUAUUCUCUAUUUUUUGUAUAUUGUUGACAUAGAAAAUCUUAGUUUUUAUUUUGUAUUUUUCUAUAUCGAUAAUAUAGAAAAAUAAGAAUUAAAACUAACUGAUAUUUAUAUUAUCAAUUAAAAUCAAUAAGAAUUCAAAAAUAAGAUUUUCUAUAUUAUCAAUAUAAAAAAUCAAAAAUAAUAAAUAAAAUUUUCUAAACUGCCAAUUUAGAAAAACAAGAAAUGAGAAUUAAGAUUCUUGUAUUACUGAUAUAGAAAAUAAAAGCAAUAAAACUAACUGUUAUGUAUAUUAUCAACAUAGAAAAAUUAAAAUUAAAACUAUUUGUUAUUUAUAUUAUUAAUAUAGAAAAAUGAAAAAUAAUGAAUAGGAUUUUAUAUAAUAUCAAAUAUAGAGCAAAUGUUGACUGUAGUUGUUCUAAAAUAAGACUGAAGUUUAUGUCCAAAAAAACCGAAGCAAGGUAGCCGGUCAGACUAAUCAUUUCCAUGUGUAUAAGAAAUAUUUGAGAAGUUUGAUUUAAUUGAAAUAAAUCUAUAGUAUUAAUAAGCAUUUCAUAUAGCUCUAUGCCAUCAUCUAUAAGUAGAAUACAAAAUUAUCUACUCGAAUUUUAUGUCUCACAAUCUCUUUGAUUUAAAAAGCAGAAAAUGUUGUUUUGAUUCUGACUUUCAUCUUCGAGUUGUUUGACACAUAAUUAAAGGUCUCAUACCGUUUUACAUGUAUUUGUUUUUUGUCGAUGGAACAAAAGAAAUAAUACUAAAAUGUACUUUCUUCCAAUUGCACUGAGACAUUAAACAUAUUAAAAAUACAUGACAUUACAUGUAAUAAAAAUGAAAAUUGAUUAAAUAGUAUUAAAUUUAAUCAAGAUCUCGAUUAUAGCUAGAUUCUUCAUAGAUAAAUUAAAAAGGAUGAAAUUAUUUUUAAGGAGUUUAUAAAACUGCAUGACAUUUUUUAUUACCUUCAUCGAUUCUGUAACUGUCCAUUCAAGAUAUAAUCAUAGAAGUAUUGUUUCUAGUUUAAAGCUCAAGUCAGUAUCAAUAUGAAUCUUUAGAAAAUUCUAGACCAACAAAAAAAAACUUUCUAAGAUUUAACCAGUGCAGAAUGCGAUACAAUAACAAUUUGAAGAAGAAAUCUUCAUACUUAUUGCUAUUGAGAAUAGCUAAAAUCAUGAUGAAAUCUUUUACGAUCGUUGCUUUUCUGUGAGAAUCCUCAAAAGUUUACACCUAUUGAAUAACCUACAAAACAAAGAUUUUCAUAGGAGAUUCGUAUUGUCUUGUAAAGAAGCGAAAAUAUUUAAUUGUAGAAAGAUCGAAAUCGAUCCGUGAUCGAAACUACUAUUGUUUAAAAAAACGUGUUUCAUACCCUAUUAAGUUGAAAAUUUGAAAUCCAUUAGAAAUGAAUUCACAAUAAAAGAUUUGAUUGAUUCGUAUACAGAUCAUUGUUUGUGCUACAAUGCAGAAUAAUGAACAUGACAGAUUCUUCAAAUAUUCUUGAACUUGGGAAAGAUUUGUUUUUGAGUUCUUCUUAUCUACUAAAAUUCGAACUUACGUAUUUUUUUAUCUAAACUUAUCUUAUUUAGCACUUCGAUUAGUCUUUCUACAAACUACUUGUUUGUUUGAGAUUCAGGAAUAAAUUACUCAAUAAUAAGUAUGAUGCAAAAUUAAUGGCAUAAAAUACUUUCGAAUGAUGUAUGAUUUAUAUUUGUGACACAUUCGUAAAUGGAAUAAGAAAGAAAAAUGCUUACACAAAAAAUUUGUAAUUUUUUUAUAUGAAUCAGUCAAAAACGUCUUAUGCAUAGUAGUUAAGUAUAAUUAACUAUCGUUAUUAUCUAGCAAGAUGUUUUUAACGAAUUCAUAUAAAAGUUGCAAAUUUAUUUUGUCUCAUUUCACUCAGAAAUGUGUGACAAACAUAAAUCAUACACCGUUUCCUAUCAACUGAUAACAAAAUUGUUUUUCCUUACGUUCAAAUUCUAUUAUAACUCAUUUUAUUCUAAAACCCAAACAAUAAAAAAUGAAAUAAUUUUUAAAUAUAUUUCAAACUCGAACUAACGAAACCAGUGAAUAUGUUGGAAAAAUUCGACAAAAAAGAAAAUUUCAUUCACAAUAAAAUUGAAGUUCAUCGCAAUUUUUCACAUUACCAGUUAAAUUUUAGUUAGUUUUAGUCAAACUAAGGAUUCUUAUACAAAGUAUUUGAAAACAUCAACAGUGUUUUGUUUUCAACAUUGAGAAAAACCAGAUUCUAAUCAAGUUCAUAAGUAAAAAAACUUUUGUAAUUGAGAGCAGUUCAAUACCGUUUAAAACAAAUGAAAAGGACUCAUUUCAAUGAAAUCAAUGUUUAUCUCUACUUCAUACUUUUGUUUCAUUUUAGUACCACUACGUGCAAGUUCCAUUGAUAUUCAUCCGAAUGCAAAAUGGUCACAGAAUGGAAUCACUGUUGCUGGAGGAAAUGAAGAAGGCAGUGAACCCAAUCAACUCGAUCAUCCAUGUGGUUUGUACGUCUAUGAUGAUCAGACGAUUUAUGUCGCUGAUUGUUGGAAUCAUCGUAUUGUGGAAUGGAAACCUGGUGCAACGAAUGGAAAAGUAGUUGCUGGUGGAAAUGCAGAAGGAAAUGGAGCUCAUCAGUUAAACUACCCAUUUGAUGUGAUUAUCGACAAAGAGAGCGAUAGUCUCAUGAUCAGCGAUGGAGCGAAUAAUAGAGUAGUUCGAUGGCCUCGUCGAAAUGGUACUAGUGGAGAAACAAUUAUUUCGAAUAUCUCUUGCAUCGGUUUGGCAAUGGACGACAAUGGUUCUCUCUAUGUCGCUGACAAUGGAAAAAAUGAAGUGAGACGAUAUAAAAUUGGUGAUACUAAAGGAACAGUGGUUGCAGGUGGUAAUGGACAAGGAAAUCGUCUUGAUCAACUCUUCUAUCCCCACUACGUAUUUGUUGAUCGAGAUCAUUCAGUUUAUGUGUCUGAUAGUGAAAAUCAUCGUGUAAUGAAAUGGGAAGAACGUGCAAAACAAGGCAUUGUCGUAGCCGGUGGUCAAGGACAAGGAAAUAGUCUCACACAAUUGAAUGAACCUGUAGGAGUCGUUGUCGAUCAAUUGGGUACUGUCUAUGUGGCUGAUUCUGAGAAUCAUCGAAUCAUGCGUUGGCCAAAAGGAGCCACACAAGGAAGUGUCAUUGUUGGUGGAAACGGUAAAGGAGCACAGUCGAAUCAACUCUCUUGUCCCACAGGUUUAUCAUUUGAUCGACAUGGCAAUCUCUAUGUCGCCGAAUAUGGAAAUGCUCGAGUUGGUACACUUCUUUUAUUAAUUCGUGAAAAUUAUGAUAUUAUUUUAUAUGAUGCUCAACAAAACCGCUCAUUAACAAGCAUAAGAAAAAGCAAUAUGUUACUUGAAACAAAUCUACAUGCUAAAUUAAUUUUACCACCAUGUCCAAGAAGUCAACAAGAAUUAAAGCAGACACGAAGAGUAUUAAAUGUUUGUGAAAAAAAUCCAAUUGAUGAACAUCCAUUAAAUUAUGAUGAAUAUUACCCAUUUAACAAUUGUGCAGCAUCCAAUGUACCACAUUUAUCGUGA